GUAUCGUUUAGGGUUAGAGAGAGGGAGAGAGAUCGUGUCGUUUUUGUUCAAUUUGGGUGGUGGAAUCGGGAGGCAAAUCGAAGUUCAGCAUCCUCCGUAAUCUUGGUUAGGAGUAGCUUUUGGAGAUUGCAGACAAUCAUGUACGGACCUAGAGGGGCAAUGUUGGGAAGCGGGGGGGUUUCGGAUGGGUACGAAGUCGGCUCAAAAAGACAAAGAAUGAUGGAACCGAAUCCCUACUUCGCAGUUAGCAGCAGCACUGUCGGAUUUCAACCAUAUGGCUAUGGGAGUUUUCCUCCUACUCAUGCCUUUCCUGUGGUUCGCCUUAGAGGGCUUCCCUUCAACUGCUCUGACAUUGACAUUUUCAAGUUCUUUGCUGGACUGGACAUUGUGGAUGUGCUACUGGUCAACAAGAAUGGGCGGUUCAUGGGAGAGGCCUUUGUUGUCUUCGCAGGCUCUGUGCAAGUUGAGUUCGCAUUGCAACGGGAUCGACAAAAUAUGGGGCGUAGGUACGUAGAAGUCUUCAGGUGCAAAAGGCAGGAUUAUUAUAAUGCCAUUGCUGCUGAAGUAAACUACGAGGGCAUUUAUGAUAACGACUACCAUGGAAGUCCUCCUCCUCGACAAAAGAGGUUCAGCGACAAGGACCAGAUGGAAUACACUGAGAUACUGAAGCUGCGUGGUCUGCCUUUCUCUGUGAAAAAAUCCGACAUUAUUGAGUUUUUUGGAGAGUUUGACCUCGCUGAAGAUAGGAUACAUAUUGCAAGCCGUCCAGAUGGGAAGGCUACUGGUGAGGCUUACGUUGAGUUUGCUUCAGAAGAGGAGGCAAAGAGAGCAAUGAGUAAGGACAAGAUGACAAUUGGGUCGAGAUAUGUGGAGUUGUUUCCUUCAACCUCAAAUGAGGCUAGAAGAGCUGAGUCAAGGUCAAGACAGUGAGUAAGUAGGUGAUUCGGUCAUGGAGUCUCUGAAGUUCUCUGUUGCUAUAUUUUUGCACCGAGGCUUUGCUGUUCUUGUAAUUUUCCAAAUUUGUAGGAUGACGUUUUAUCGUUGUGGAGUUAAUCGAUACUGCAUUUUGAGAUUGAAGUUGUUAGCCCUAUGAGUUCAAAACUUGGUUAAAACACCGACCUUCUCCCA